AUGAGGCAAACCGGUCAAGCUUUUCAUGGCUUUUCCAUAUCCUUCUUCAACCCUAACUCUUCUAAUUCUAUUUAUUUUUCGACAAGUUUCGUCUUCGCUAUCACCCCAAGACCCGGCGCUCCAGGUCAUGGCUUUGCUUUCAUCAUUUCACCCUCGAUGGACUUUAGCAAAGCCCUUCCCAGCAAUUAUCUGGGCCUCUUCAACAGCUCUAACAAUGGGAACUCCWUGAAUCGGAUUCUUGCAGUUGAAUUCGACACGGUACAGGCCGUUGAGUUGAACGAUAUUGAUGAUAACCAUGUUGGUAUCGACGUAAACGGAGUGGUCUCCAUCGAGUCUGCACCGGCCGCAUAUUUUGAUGACCGAGAAGCGAAGAACAUAAGUUUGAGGCUUGCGAGUGGAGACCCGGUUAGAGUCUGGAUCGAAUACAACGCAACGGAGAUGAUGCUCAAUGUCACAUUGUCUCCUUUAGAACGUUCGAAGCCAAGUUUGCCUCUUCUCUCAAGAAAAAUGAAUCUUUCUGGGAUUUUAUCCGAAGAACAUUAUGUUGGUUUCUGUGCAAGUACAGGAACCGUAACGAGCACACAUAUUGUUCUAGGUUGGAGCUUCAACAUCGAAGAGAAAGCACAAGGUUUUGAUAUCACGAAGCUUCCUUCUCUUCCGGACCUUCCGUCUCCAUCUUCUCCAUCUCCGAGUCCUCCAGAUUCAGUGAAGAAGAAUUCGAUCAGCAAAAAGGUGAUCAUAAUCAUCCUACUCUUCGCUGUAUCAGCAACAAUUGCAAUCAUGAACCUAACUCUCCAAGUGUGGCUCUACCGUAGAAACAAAGUAUUGAUCACUGGAGCUGCAUGGAAAUUUUCCUACCGGACGAUUUCACGAGCAACAGGAGGUUUUGACAGCUCUAAGCUCCUGGGAGAGAGAAACUCUGGCAGUUUCUAUAAAGGGCAGCUUUCUCCUACAGAUAUAAUCGCAGUGAAGAGAAUUACUUGCACUACAAGGCAACAAAAGAAAGCCCUAAUAGCCGAGAUCGUCGCAAUCUCAAGACAAAGAAACCUUGUUAGUCUAUUUGGUUACUGCAGCAAAGAAAACGAAGUCUAUCUCGUUUACGACUAUGUCUCCAACGGAAGCCUAGACCGGUUCUUGUUCAGCAACGACCGACCAAUUCUCACCUGGUCCGAUCGGUUCUGUAUCAUAAAGGGGAUUGCGUCAGCACUUUAUUACCUUCACAGCGAAGGUCGAAAACUCGUAAUUCACGGAAACGUCAAAGCCAGCAACGUACUCUUGGACGAAGAGCUUAACUCUUACCUAGGAGACUAUGGACAAGGAAGCAGACACAGCACCACUGGACACAUGGCGCCAGAACUAGCCGAGACAGGAAAAUUUACACUUGAAACAGAUGUGUAUGCGUUUGGACUGUUAAUGAUGGAAAUUGUCUGUGGAAGGAAAGCCAUGGAGCCAACAAAACCACCUGAACAGAUCAGUUUGGUGAACUGGGUGCUUCAAGGGUUCAAGAAGAGAGAUCUGUUACAACUAUGUGACUCGAGAAUCAAUAGAGCGGAAUUGGUGGCUCGAGAAGUGGUGCUGGUUCUUAAGACAGGACUUUUGUGCGCGAACCGGUCUCACGAAGCUAGGCCGAUGAUGAAGAAAGUGUUGAAGUAUCUUCACGGUACAGAACGUCUCCCUCAUGACGAUUACCUCUUCAAUGGAGUCUAA